AUGCCUUUUUUUGUGAACCCGUUUAAAAAGCACGAUGCCCCGGAAUACCCAGGGGUGUUAAUCCCUCUGGCCGAGGAGCAAAACACGCAGUCGCCGGUCGACGAUGACAAAAACCUUGAUGCAGGUUCGGCAGAAAAGGGGUCAAUUCAGACCACCCGUGCUACGACGUUAACCAUCGAGGCACUGAGAGCAGAGAUCGAAAAUGACGUGUCUGUAUCUGGCCACGAGAGCGCAUAUGAUCGGAAAUCCAAGGUCAUUAACCGGGCUAUCCAGGAUAUUGGAAUGGGCCGAUACCAGUGGGAAUUGUUCGCUUUGUGUGGAUUUGGUUGGACCGCAGACAAUCUUUGGCUACAGGGCGUUGCACUUACCUUACCACCGCUCUCCGCGGAAUUCGGGAUCAGUGAAUCCCAUGUACGAUUCACAACCUGCGCGUUGUUCAUCGGAUUAUGCCUCGGCGCAGUGUUUUGGGGAACCGCUUCGGAUAUCAUUGGCCGGCGUUUGGCUUUUAAUAUGACCCUGUUUCUUUGUGGUGCCUUUGGCAUAGCAGCUGGCAGUGGUCCAACAUGGGUUGGUGUCUGGUGGCCUAUUGGCCAAUUAAUCGGAAGUCUCGUGGCGUGGGGGUUUAUUCCCAACUUUUCAUGCGAGGGCGAUGGUCCAUGCACAAGAGAAGACAACAUGGGUUGGAGGUAUCUCGUCUUUACGCUCGGGGCGAUUACCUUUGUUAUGUUUUUAUGUCGGUUCUUCCUCUUCCAUCUUUACGAGUCGCCAAAAUUCUUGCUCUCAAGAGGGAGGCAGGCAGAGGCUGUGGCAACUAUACAUGCUAUUGCAUACAAAAAUAAAGCGAAGACUUGGCUCACUGUGGAUAUUCUUAACGAAAUUGGCGGCCAUCCGGACGAGGAGCCUACCUCCCAGAAGUUGAGCACGACGGAAGUGAUCAAGAGGCAGCUUGUGAAGUUCUCAGGAACCAGAAUUGCUCCUCUCUUCGCAAAUAAGCGCCUUGGUAUUACUACCGUUUUGCUCUGGUUUUGUUGGUCAACGAUUGGAAUGGGUUAUCCGUUAUUUAACGCAUUCCUACCACAAUAUCUUGGGAAUCAGGAGGCCACCCCUAUAAAUAUUGUCUACCGCAAUUACGCAAUUACCUCCAUAGUCGGUGUCCCCGGAUCCAUCAUAGCAUGUUACACUGUUGACAUACCCUACAUCGGCCGUAAGGGUACCAUGGCUAUAUCAACCUGCAUCAGUGGCAUAAUUCUCUUCUGUUUCACCAUUUCCAAAAACCCGAAUGCCCAGCUUACUUGCACCUGCCUGGAAGCAUUUUUCCAAAAUAUCAUGUACGGCGUUUUGUAUGCGUACACGCCAGAGGUAUUCCCUGCGCCGAAUCGCGGUACCGGGACGGGAAUUGCAAGUUGCUUGAAUCGCAUUUGUGGCUUGUUGGCACCGAUUGUGGCCAUUUAUGCUGGUGGUAACAAUCCAGAUGCGCCAAUCUAUACAAGUGGUGCACUUUUCUUGGCCGCUUUUAUCGCGAUGUGCUUGUUGCCGAUUGAGACAAGAGGGAAACAGUCACUGUAA